UUCCGAAAAAAAGAGGGAAAGGUAGCAAGUGUGUAAAAGGAGACUGGGGAGAUCUGCCCUGUGGCAGUGGAGGACGCAAGUGAGCUUUAACGCUGUAGCGUGGAAGCAAGCUCCCAAACUGCGGCAGUUGCAGCUGCUGCAGAAGGAAUUCAGAGCCAAAGUCGGGUUGCGGCAGCGCGUCUCUGCUCCGGAGCGUCCUGUACGCUCCCACGGACGAAGAAAAGAGGGAGGGAAGAAAGGAGUGUACAGAUAAGGCAGGGAAUGCAGAGAACUGGACCCGAAGCCGGAGCUCGGAGGACCGGCGCUUAUCUGUAGUAGUGUGCGUUAUGAGAUUAAACAGCCCCCAUAGCCGGCAAGAAAGUAAAGGAGGUCCCAAUCUGUAGAGAGUUGGGAUGGCAGCAUGUAGCCAGAGACUCGGGUAGGGGCACAGAAGAGAAAGACCAAGGAAAGGAGAGCGAGCCCCAACUGGAGCAAGAUGAACGCGGAAGGCAGCACUAACUUCAGGCGGAUGGCAAUUCGGCGGAAGUCCAACCAGUCCUGCCUCUUGCCCGGGACCCCCCGCCCCUGGAGCCGGCCCACCGCCCUCUCAAGGCCGCCUGAUUCGGCCGACUCCAAGAACGUGCCCAAGGACGCAACAGGCAGCAGUUCCUGUCCAAAGAUCAUUAUAGUUUCAUCUCCUUGCCCAUCAAGGAAGACUGACACACCAGCUAAUCAGAAUGUAUGUGAUGAGGCUCAGGGAAUAAAUGGAAAAACACCAAUUAAAGUGUCCCCAUAUUCAGCUGCAAGUCCAAAGCCACAAGUGCCUCCAAAACCAUUACAUCUGCAGAAUUCACCUUCAUCCAAUACAUACCAGAUACCCAAGCAUAAAGCUUUACCUACUAUAAAACCAAGAAUGGAGGAAGUUAAGUCUUCCCCUGCUUUUAUCUCAAAAGAAAAACCCAGUAAGGUAUCAGAUCUCAUCAGUCACUUUGAAGGAGGCAGCUCAUCAUCCAAUUCUACUGAUUUGAAGAAAGAACCUUCUGUUAGUCAAACUGUUUCUAGAGCUCAAGGAAGACAUGGGUUGAUAGCAGUCCUUCCGCCAAAACUCCUAUCUCAGCAUCCACUACAGAAAAAGGAAAUUGAUACAGGUGAAACUCAGGAUGUACAGAAACAUACAGCCAACGGUGUGAUUGGAGCACAAAAACAGAUGGAAUGUGAAGACAACGACCUCCCCACUGUUAGACCUGAUGCUUCUAAUCAAACUUUGGAACUGGACAUUUAUAAUAACUUAGCAAAUGGAGAAAAUGACAAGAUAGCAACCAAUUCCUCUUUACCCACAACAAAUAUCUGUAGAGGAAGUACUGUAAAUAGUUGUUGCAGGACUUCAAGUAGGAACCCCUUGCUUUUGUUGGAAAAAGAACACAUGGAAACAAAAGCCACUCUGGAAGAGCAAAAAGAUGAAGAAAAUUCACUUGAACUUGAGAAGCAGAAUCUAUCCAUAGAAACCAAGGAGACAGAUGAACAGAAACUUCACAAAAUUGCCACUGAACUCUUACUUACAGAAAGAGCCUAUGUUAAUCGACUUGACCUUUUAGACAAGAUAUUUUAUUGCAAACUAUUGGAAGAAGCUAAUCGAGGCUCAUUUCCAGCAGAGAUGGUGAACAAGAUAUUUUCUAAUAUUUCAUCAAUAAAUGCAUUCCACAGUAAAUUCCUUUUGCCAGAACUGGAGAAACGAAUGCAAGAAUGGGAAACCACUCCUAGAAUUGGAGACAUCCUACAGAAGUUGGCUCCUUUCCUCAAAAUGUAUGGAGAAUAUGUGAAAGGCUUUGAUAAUGCAAUGGAAUUAGUUAAAACCAUGACUGAACGGAUAGCCCAAUUUAAAUCAGUAAUUGAAGAAAUUCAGAAACAAAAGAUCUGUGGGAGUUUAACACUGCAGCAUCACAUGCUAGAACCUGUACAGCGAAUCCCCCGAUAUGAGAUGCUCCUUAAAGACUAUCUAAGGAAACUGCCACCUGAUUCCCUAGAUUGGAAUGAUGCUAAAAAAUCACUUGAAAUUAUCUCUACUGCAGCAAGCCAUUCGAAUAGUGCAAUACGGAAAAUGGAAAAUCUUAAAAAACUGUUAGAGGUUUAUGAAAUGUUGGGAGAAGAGGAAGACAUUGUUAAUCCCUCAAAUGAACUCAUACGUGAAGGACAGAUCCUUAAGCUUGCUGCUCGAAACACAUCAGCUCAGGAACGUUAUCUUUUCCUGGUGAGUAACAUGUUACUCUACUGUGUGCCAAAAUUCAGCUUGGUGGGAUCUAAAUUCUCAGUUCGAACAAGAGUUGGCAUUGAUGGGAUGAAAAUUGUAGAAACCCACAAUGAAGAAUACCCACACACAUUUCAGAUUUCUGGAAAAGAACGAACACUGGAACUACAGGCCAGUUCAGAACAAGACAAAGAAGAAUGGAUCAAGGCACUUCAGAAUACUAUAGAAGCUUUCCAUCAAAGGCAUGAAACCUUCAGAAAUGCUAUAGCAAAAGAUAAUGACAUGCACUUGGAGGUUUCUACUGCUGAGCUUGGGAAAAGGGCCCCAAGAUGGAUUCGAGACAAUGAAGUAACAAUGUGUAUGAAAUGCAAAGAGUCUUUUAAUGCAUUGACAAGGAGAAGGCAUCAUUGCCGAGCAUGUGGACAUGUGGUCUGUUGGAAAUGUUCUGACUAUAAAGCUCAACGAUAUGAUGGUGGCAAAUGGAACAAAGUUUGUAAAGACUGCUAUCAAAUAAUAACUGGAUGCACAGACAGUGAAGAAAAGAAAAGGAAAGGAAUCUUAGAGAUUGAAUCAGCAGAGGUUUCUGGAAACAGUGUCAUAUGCAGUUUUCUUCAGUAUAUGGAAAAGUCCAAGCCCUGGCAAAAAGCUUGGUGUGUGAUCCCUAAACAAGAAGCUCUUGUACUCUACAUGUAUGGUGCCCCACAGGAUGUCCGAGCUCAAGCAACCAUUCCACUCCUAGGCUACACAGUGGAUGACACACCCAGGAGUGCUGAUCUCCCUCACAGUUUCAAACUGACCCAGUCUAAGUCUGUGCACAGCUUUUCUGCAGACAGUGAGGAAUUGAAACAGAAAUGGUUGAAAAUCAUCCACUUAGCUGUCAAAGGUGAGACACCAGAGUAUUCAAAUGAACUACAAGUCACCAUAAAUGAUCAUCCUGGACUAACAAGGAAACCAGAGUGCUGAGUUACAGUUGUCCUGUUGUUGGGGGGAGGGUGGCUUUGGGGUAAGGGUGGGGAGAUGGGAGGGCAGCCAUGUGAAGAAGAAAAUGAAGAAAAAAAACCCAGAAAAUAAGGUUCCCCAACAAUCCUACACCUUUUAGCACUUUAUGUUGAAAAAACAGGUUCAUAAGCAAAUUUUGGGGUGGAAGGGAAGGGAUGCAGUAAGAACAAACUAUUUUCCUAAAUGUAUCAUUCAUGAAGUUGCUGUACAGUCAUUUCAUUGAUAAUUGUUUAAUGUAAACAAUGAAACAUCUUUAAGAACUCUGCCUUGAAGAAAAUGGCAUUUUAUUCUCUUGUUGUUAGGUUAAAAUGUGCCACAAAUUCUUUGUUGUAUUCUUUGCUCAUGUAGGAUUUGUGACAACUUGAAAAAUAUACCUCCAUAUUGCCAAAAUAGAUAUGUAGUGAAAAAUACAGGGUUAGUUUAGUUUAAUGCAUUCACUUUAUUGAAGUUAGUAUCUAAAGCUAUUUACACAUGUUGUGUAUGUUAUAAUGUAUUUUCUUAUAGAAAAAAAUCAAAAAGACAAAUUACAUUGACUUUUAGAAUUUCAAUUUACCAAGAAUAAAAAGCUAAUUGUUUUUCUUUUUUAAAAAUGUAUUAUUCAAAUAAGGAAAAGAAGGAAGUAUAACCAUUUAUGUAUUCAUAAUAUCAAACAGACCGUACUUUGACUUCAUGGCUUUAGGAUCAUAUUUGUCUAUUAUUUAUAUAUAUAUUUUUUAAAAGCAUGUUUUAUCUUGGAAUUAAGCAAAGUAUUCUAAAGAAUGUUUUGACAAUUUAUGUUUAAUUAGUUGAUACUUAAUGGUCUUGAUAUUUUUGUAAGCUUAACAAAAAUACCAAUUUAUAUAGCAUGUAACAAAUUAGUGAAUUCCAACUCUAUUUUAAGAAUAUUAAUUUUUCUUUAUGUUCUGUGCCUAUUUAAAACAGUGCCUCUAUUUGAAGGUGCUAAUAAUACAUAUUUAAAUAUAGGAUGUAGAUUGAAUUAGUAAUGUUUUUGUCUUCAUUAUAUUGAGAUAAGAUAAAUUACCGUUUUGAUCACUGGGACACAGCAUUUAGAACAUUUCAUUUUUAUAAUCAUAUGAAUGUUGAAGUAAGUAAUAACAUCAGUUAUUUGUAAGGAUUCUCUUUCCUUUUGCUGAUAACUGAAAACAUUCUCUCUAUGGGAAACCUUACUGAUCUAGGACUUGGGGAUGCUACUUGAUAAACUUUUUCUUUGUAGAAAAAAUUUUCAAUUUUUCAUGUAUUUUCUAUAGGCACAUUUAAAUAUAGAAUAUAUAAUGCACAUAUGUUAUGUGUGUGUGUAUAUAUAUAUGUAUAUAUAUGUGUGUGUGUGUAUAUAUAUAUAUAUAUAUAUAUUCAUCCCAUCUCAAUCUGCUAUUUAGUAAGCACCUACUAUGUAUAAAUCACUAUAUGUGUGGUAGCACAAUUUCACUUGAAUUUCCUAGUAUUGUUAAAUAAGUUUUAGACAACUAGUACAGUUUCAGUUGUCAGGAAAAGUACAAUUUUUUAAUAUUAAAACCUAUGUUAAAAUAUGUCCAUGAAAACAUUUCUUGCCAAAAUUUAUAAAAUUCUUUUUUCUGAGAUCAAUAUUUCAAAAAAAACCCACUUCAUUUUGGAAAAGAUUUUAUUUUAGUUUACAGAUUUGGGGAAAGUUAGAAAGGGAUAUGAAACAAUCUUUUGGUGGCUCUUUUUUUACUGGGGAUUUUAAUUUUUAAGUCAUGCCUCUGCUUAGACACUGCCUUUUAUUAUGUUGUUCUUGUUAUUAAAAUGAUAUUACCUUCUCAAGUUGAGCUAUUUCUCAAGUUAUAUUUAUUACUUUGAUUUUCUAUUUAUUCCUAAUAUGUGACUGCUAUAGACUCAGGCCUUCCUGGACUGAAUAUAACCAUAGAGGUUUACAAAUGAAGAAAAUGACAAAACCUUUACUCAAAAAUUUUAGACUGGUUGAUCUGGAAGUCAGACCCAUUUUAAUAGGACAUUUAACAUAUCCUGUGUAUUCUCCAAAAAGGAGCAGUCAAAUAUUAUGAUUUGGAAAACAAGUGUGUCAGUUUUGUUUUAUUGUUUUUCCUUUCUACUUGGAAUACAAACCAGCCAUGAAAAUAAAAUAAUCAAAGCCAAAAAACAUCACAGUAGACCCUCAAACCCUCUACAAAUCAGAGAGCAAACUUAAGAGAAAUUUGAUAUUGCCUUUUUCUGUUUUUCGGGGACAAGGAUGUGCUUGAUACGAACAGUAAGCCAUUUUUACUGCUGAUGGAUGUUUGCCUAGAAUGGUUCUAAGGGGAAGGAGGAUGGUAUGUGUGGGUCCCUGAAGAUCCUGGAUGACUUUUGAUAAGUGUUUAAAAGGUAUCUUCAUCAUUUCCUCCAAAGACAAAACAAAAAACCCACCUGUCAUGACACUUUCUGAUUCAAUACAUUGGUAGUAAGAAAAAUAAAACAUCUUUUUAAAAAAUAGCAUAUUGUAAUAUGCUACAGAUGAAAAAAGUAUGAUGCUAUUUUCAUUUUUUAUAAAUCAAAAGUGACCCUACAAAAGACCUUGUGUGAUAAGAAUUACUUCUUUCUCCUUCCUCUUUCUUUACAAAGGAAAGCACCAUUAUUUGUUUCUUCUUUUAGGAAAGAAUACAUUAAUUAUCUUAUUUGAUCAAUGAAACUGAGCUAUUUUAAAUAGCUAUGUAAGUGAAAGCCCUACAGAUGUCUUUCAUUUUAAGUACUAUUGAUGACUUCUGGUGUUUAUUAGAAACUAACAGUGAUAAAUGGCUAUCCUUUUAGAACCAGUCUCCUGUCUCAGGCUUAAGAAAAUCCUUUCUUUUUCUUGUUGCUUUCUAAAUCAUCUCUGUCUUGUAAGUCCAUCAUCCCCCAGAAACAAAACAAAACAAAAAAGACAGUUCAUCUAAUCUACUCUUCACAACAUUAAACAUUCCAGUUUGGGUUUUUGUUUGCUUGUUUUUUGUACUUUUGGUUUUCUUCUUGAGAUAUACUUGAAAUUUUAACCAUUGUAAAUAGUGCACAUUUUUAUAUCCAGCUUUUUAACAGCUUACUCAUGAACAUUCCAGCCAUCAUUUUCAUGGCACCACAAUGAGGAUACCACAGGUAUGGUUUGUAAACAUUCUCAUUCUUCAGAGUAGGCACUUACAGUGAAGACUUGAAUAUGAAGGUAUCUGCCCAAAAGGAGUGUGUAUAUCUCCUUUCUCUCUUGAGCUUUUAGAGCUAAUGCUGCACUUCAGAUUACUGUUUUUAUAUUCUAUUAAUGAAAUAAAUUAUUUAAACAAUUUAAAGGAUAUGGACAAUUAAAUACUGUAUUAUUUAAAAUAUACUACUAUUUGUAAUCAUAUUUCUUAAUUUGAAAGUUAGAGUGGGGAAAACAUGUAAACUUCUUAUAGAAGCAAAGUAUUAAAAAAAAUCUUAUCUGCCCCUAAAUAGAUUACUUCAAAAAUACAUAUAAGGUGAUAAAGAAUGCUUGUUUUAUUUACGUAUUUUAAAGAAACUAGAUUUUCUGGUACUGCAGGGUUGUUGCAAAAUCAUUGAUGCCUUCUGAAAAACUUUUCAAUGUUAAAAUAAUUCUGCCAAUACAAUAUUCUAUUGUUUUCUUGCUGGGGGGGUGUUAAUGUUAAUAUGUUCAGCUCCUUCUAUUCUGUUUAUUCUCAGCUUGCUCUGUGGCAGAUUAGUCUUCGUGAAUUUUUUUAUAGUGUUCCUGUCUAGAUUUUACCUUAUGUUAGGGGAAAGGCAGGACUGAAGAUAAGCAUUUAGGUGGAGGCCCUGGUUUCUAUAAAAAUCCUUACUACAUAACACUGAAGAAAAUAAAUGGAAAACAAGUUGUUACAUGAGGUGUGUUCAUGACAUUAACAGAUCUGAAAUUAUAUUUUAUAUAUAUUCAUAGUCGAUUAAAAUGAAUUAAGAGAAUGUCUUAAAAUUCUUUCCUAAUUUUUUUGUUCUUCAUUAAUAUAUUCAUAUUAAUAUAUUCAAAUUAGGAAGGCUUAUCUGUUCUUAUCCUAGGGUCUUUUGUAACAUGCUUUAUGGAUAGCAGUCUGUCAUGUUUCUCCUUCAUUCUUGCCCCAUAUCUAUAUCUAUAGAAUCACUUAAUAAACUCAAAUUAAUUUUUAUCUUUAAGAGCAAUGUUUAUAUCAAUUAUACACUAAGAUAAGUCUGUUUUUAAAAUACCUUAUGUGGGGGCAGCUAGGUGGCUCAGUGGAUUCAGGAAGACCUGAGUUCAAAUAUGGCCUCAGACACUUGACACUUAUUAGCUGUGUGACCCUGGGCAAGUCACUCAACCCUCACUGCCCUGCAAAAAACAAAAAACAAACAAAAAAAAACCCCAAGAAAACAAAAUAAAAUUCCUUAUGUGAAUUUAUUUUUGUGUGUUUAAUUAUUUGUAUACUAUCUUUCACAGAUGAAAAUUGAAUUAUUUACCAUGGGAACAUUUCUUUCCCACUGUUAAACAUUCUACAUAAUUGUUUACAUAGAUUUUAAAAAUAAAUCAUUCUUGUGUAGUCACUUCAUAUCUAUACUGUCAAUAUGAUUUUGCACUCUAACAAGGUGGUGGGAGAGAAUAGGGAGACAGAGAGAUAAGAAUAUGGACAAGGAGAAAAGUGCUUAUCCCAAGAUAAAAGCUAUCUUUAUCUUUAUAUUGUUUCUAAGAAAUCUGGGUCAGUGGAGAUUACACAAAGUAGAAAAGUAGAAAAAUGUAAAUAUGUAUAUUUACAAAAGGACCAAAGUCUGGGUGCAUCAGUAUGCAAAUUCUUCACACUCACACACACACACACACACACACACACACACACACACACACACACACACACACACAUACACACUCACUCACUUUCCACCAGGUGUCAUCUUUUCAUCCUGUUUGUUGUUGUUGAUGUUUUCCUACAGAAUUUCACCCCUUUAGGACAUUCUACUCAACUUACUGUGGUGGAAGUCAGCUAACAUCAUUUGCAUUAUUUUCCUUGACUAAAGAUUUGGUAACAUAAAACAAUCUCACAAACUCUCUCAUUCACUUGCUUUCUCUUACCUCAUGCACAAGACGGCAGUUUCUAUGAAAUAGUUUUUAUUUGUCGACAGAUAAUAAUUGUAGUCUUGUUUGUAAAAUGUAAAAUUGGCAAAUGCCACUACUGCAUCAUUUAAAUAAUGAUACCAAAAAUACUUAUUUGGGGAUGGGAAGAAUCAGAAUCCUUCAUCUGCAAAGGAUCAUUUACUAUGAAGGAAUCAUAACUAUCAUACACAUUAUAUGAGCAUUAAAAAUGUAUAAUUUGGGGACCACUAUUUGUUGUCAAAACAAUCAUGUCUUACCUUUUUACCAAAUUAGCGUUUCAUGCUGUGUGUGAUAUUCUUGAAAAGGUAUGUUCUCAAAAUUCCACAUUUAAUUCAAAUGUUUAAAAGUGCAUGUGAAAAAUAAAUUUUAAGAUCUAUGAAUGUAAAAUACUGGCAAAUAUUGUAUAUAAUUUGUAACAUAUGUAUAUUUGGUCAUAAAGGAUGAUAAUUAGAAACAUUGUAAAAUUAAGCACUUUAAUUCCUGUUCAAUAUUGAAAAUUGUAUCCUGUAAAUAAA